AUGGCAUCUGCCGAAUCUGUGCCUUCUGCAGCCAUUUUGGCCCGGGGGCGUCAGAGGUACCUCGCUGCCACGGCCAGGCCAAGCCCGGCCCAGCGACACGCGACCACGGCUCGCGACAUGCGGCUGGAUUGUGGUCGGGCCUUGUUGGAGAUGGUGCUUCCGCAGCACCAAGAGUUGAGCUUUCAGGAGGUCAGUCAGAUGGUUGAGAAGAUUUCCUCCAAUCUCCGCUUGCAAAUGGAUGGAAAUGGUAAGGAAGGCAAGGGGCGCUACUUGGUAGCGAGAUGUGCUCUGAAGGCUGGAGAGGUGAUUGUGUCUGAGAGGCCGAUCUUCGAAGGAAACACCGAUGCCCAGAAGAGUGAGAAGAUUUACUCUGAGGCCUUUCUCGAAAAACUUCAGGCCACUCCGGACAUGGAAGAUGAUGUGGAUGAUUGCUUCCAUCCACGAAGCCCUUUGAUGGACUGCGUUGCGGCAGUGCUCCUGUCGAAGCAGCUCGUGGAUGAGAAGUCUGCCUCUGCAGACAUACGCGAAAAAGCUGUGUUGAAUUUGCAGAAAUUCUGCUCGCUUUGCAGAAGCCCAGUUCAAUCAACAACUGAUUACAACGAAUGUGUGGAGGACCUAUGGGGUGCCUUGAAGCCAGAGCUGCAGGAGAUUACUUCCCGUGAGGAGUUGGGCCAUGUGCUCCAGAUUCUGAGCUGCAAUCGCUUUGGACAUGGUGGUCAGAGUGUGCAGUUGAUGUUUGCCGGCAGCAUGUUCGAGCACUCCUGCUUGCCAAAUUGCUUUUUGGGCACGGCAUGCACGGCCUCCCCAAAUGCUGAUGGACCUCAGACCUAUAGAGCACUUCGAGACAUUGAAGAGGGCGAGGUGUUGUCAAUCGACUACUUGAACUUUCCAUUAGGCUAUUGUUCUAUGACUGCUCGCGCAGAGGCUUUCCAGAAAUGGGGCUUUACGUGCAGUUGCCCCCGGUGUGUUGAGCUACCCGAAGUGGAGCGCAGUUUCAAUUGUGCCGAGUGUGGCGAGCCAGACUUGUGCCCCUGCAGGCCUGGAAGUUCAGUGCUGCAAUGCCUUUCUUGCAAAAAAGUGGCCGACGCGAGCUAUGCAGCUCGUUGCUUGGAGAGGGAGGCGCAGCUUCAGAGAGAACCAGCAAGUCCGGCACGAAAGGUUGGAGAAGAAUCUGAUGAUGAGAAUCUCUUAGGCCAUCGUCAUCACCUGGUGGUCCAUGCCUUGUGGGAAGAUGUGGAAGCUGGCCUUCCAGAUUCCAAGGAGCUUCCAGCCUUUCAGCAGAUGUUGGAGGUGUUGAUUGAGAGCGUCUCGUCUGCCUCUAGGUUGGAGGAACACCCCGCCCUGUUGAACUUGUACCACCUGGCCGCCCUGUCCACACAAGAUGACUUGGAAACUCAGAAACACUACUUGCAGCUGGAGCAUCGUAUAAUGCAACGCUUCUUUCCCGAGGAAGCCCAGCGUCAAGAUGAUGAAAUCAUGUCACUGGUGAAGCCGACGAAGGAGCCAACACAGCUAGAGACAGUGACAGCAGCGGGCACAGUCCUAGCUGCGCUGGCUGUAAGAUAUGGAGAGAGAUCUCUGGUGGCUGCUGCGCAUGGCUCACCAGCCUGUGUGGCACUCAAAGAUCUCAAAGAAGUGAGAAACACCUUGGGCACAAGGCGGAAACCUGCUGGGCCACCGGAGCUGAUUCACGGUGACGAGGUCAUUGAACCCGUGGAUGCUGCUGUGGAGGCAGCCAUCCAGAAGUUGAAAGAGCGCGCAGACAAGCACGCGGAGGAACAUGUGGCUCAGGCUGGAGCCCAGGGGUUGACCGCCUGGGAACAGCAUCUGACUUGCAGCGCCGGUGUGGCCAACUUCAGGCAGAAUGUGUUGGAAGUGCGAUGGACAAAUCUGAACACUUUGACCACCGAUCCCAUGCAUCCCAUGCACAGAAUGCACAGCCUUGUGGUGGGCGCCUCCCGCGGGCUGGGCCUAGCGCUCACGCGGCACCUGGCCGAAGUGGCGCACCGCGCCGGCGGCUCCGGGGGCUCCCAGGGCCGGGUGCUGGCGGCGGCGCGGCGGCCGGUGCCGGCCUUGGAGGAAGUGCGGAGGUCCUUCCCUGACAUCGUCGAAAUACUGGAACUUGAUGUCACAGCGGCGGAGGCGGCGGACGCGGCGGAUUGCAUUUGCUCUGCCACACUGCUGGGCUGCUGUAGCAUGGCAGCAACGGGACCAACUUCUCUUGAGCAAGACAAAGACCGGGGAGUGAUCCCUGAGAAUCACCUGCAAAAAGUUGAAGCGAAUGCUUUGGCCUAUUCCUUUGCUGUGAACGCGAUUGGGCCCCUUUUGGUGUUGAAGCAUUUUUCGCCGCUCCUCAAGGCCGGUGCUACAGAUCAGAGGACUGAGGAUAGCGAUGUUCCUGGAGCAAGAGCCGUAUUCUACAGCGCGCGCGUCGGCUCCAUCGGCGACAAUGCCACUGGUGGCUGGUACUCUUACCGGAGCAGCAAGGCAGCAUUGAACCAGAUGGUGCGCUGCGCAUCCAUAGAACUCCGGCGACACUCGGUGUGCUGCUUUGCGCUGCACCCUGGGACGGUGGACACCGAUCUCACUCGUGCCUUCGCACGUGCGAGAGCAAAGUACAAAGUGCAAGAUGUAGAUGAAGCCGUCCAGAAGCAUCUUCAAAUCGUGGAGUCACGGACGAUGGCAGAUUCUGGGCGCUUCUUCGAUUGGCAAGGGAAGGAAGUGCCGUGGUGA